AUGGAUGAAGGUGAUAUUUCAGAAGAUACAACUUGUAAGCAACAGGAGGAUUUGCCUUAUGAUGGGGACCUCUCCCAAAUUAAGAUAUGCAGUGAUUACAAUUUUACCUCAAAAACUGACAUCCUGGAUAUCUCAAAUCAAAUUAUUUUAACAGGAGAUGACCCUCAAGGAAAAGCUACAUGUAAUCAGACUUGCAGAAAUACAGCUAUGGCCAUGACUCUGGAUAAAAAUACUGAAAAUGCUGUCAACAAAAAACAUGAUAAAAAGAAACAAUGCCCUGCAACUCUUCAUAUUCCAGCUAAUAAAGGAGACACUUCAAAGUCAAACAUUUCUGAUAUUUUACUCCAUCAUCUUUCUGAAGAGCAAUUCUUAAGAGGUCAAGGCAUUGAUUGUGAAACUCUCCCAGAGGACUCUAAUGCUAACAGUUUUGAUGAAGCAGCUAUUAUGAAAAAUAUUAUUUCAUGUUAUGUUAAGAACUCUUGGCCAAAAGAACAAACCCCAGAACUCAUUGACAAACUCAACCCCAAAAGGGAUGGUGAAAAUAGCAAUAAGCCUUGUUGUUCUUCAAUCACAGCAGAAGAAAAUACCUCUGAUUUAGAAGAGCCAGUGGCUGCUGGAUAUAGCAGCCAUCAAGAAAAUUCAGAUUUUCUAACUAAAAUCAAGAGCGCAAUUGAUAAGCAAAAAAGUUGCCAAGGGCAGGCACCCCAGAAACAGCAGACUGGAAAAGCAUGUUCAGGCAUCGGUUUCAAAUAUGGCCAAGGUCAAGUUCAUUACCAGCUCCCUGAUUUCUCCAAGGUUGCUCCCAAAGUGAAAAUUCCUAAAAAUAACGUAAUUAAUAAACCACUUACAAUAACUGAACAAGCCAGCUUUUCUCCUAAAUUGAGAGAUAAAUCAACUACUAUGCAAAACAUUUUAGAAACCAUGUCCUGGUCAAAUUGUGUUGAAAAACAACAGCAAGAGCUGAAAAAGAAAAUUACUGAACCUUCACAACAAAUACAGAUGGAGCCUGCAGGACAUAUCCACGAAGAACUUCUCACAGGAAUUGAAGCUGAGACAAGUCUCUUUAAGUUGUCAUCAACCUUUCAGAAAGACCCUUCCUCAAGUUCUUCUUACAUAUUUCAAAAGAUAUUCCAAGGGAAACAGAUGUGUCAGAAGUUAAAAGAACAGACAGAUCAACUGAAGACUAAAGUACAAGAAUUUUCCAAAAGAAUAAAACAGGACUCUCUCUGUCAUUUGCAAGACAGAAGGCUGGUCCUGGAGAAACUGCAGGGACACCUUGAACUGCUGGAGCAGGAGUUUCUGGCCACCAAGGAGGAGCAUCUGACUUUGCAACAGCAAGUCCACAAGCAUGAAUCCUUGACUGUUGGUGACUUUGAUCCAGAAAGAAGAGUGGAAGGCGAAAUCUUCAAGUUGGCGAUGCUACUUGAGGACAUUAAAGAGAAAAUUGAUGAAAGCAAAUAUACAUCAGCCUUUUCUCUUCCUAUGAGUUCUCCAUUCAUCCUGCAUGACUUGGCAUUCAUAUCCUCUUCACCCUCAAAUGAGAUGCCCCAGGAACACCCUGGCCGCCCUCCCUGGCGCCGGGGCUCGUGUGGGAGCGAGGUGACAGGGGCGCCCCGCGCGGGGCCGCAGGAGGCGCCCUCCUCCGAGGAGCUCCGCGAGCUGGCCUCGCAGACUUAUUUAAACGGUCAGAGUGGGAAUGCGGCUGCCCAGGACCAGCCAAAUCAAAUGGCCACAAGGCUGUCUUCUGAUUCCAGGGAGGACCCCAGCGGCCCCGCGGGAAGGCAGGAACGUGCAGGGACGCCGGCACCCAGCCCAAGCUGUGCCUUCUGCCGCCGGCUCCUUGAACGGAAGCAAAAAAUGGAGAAAAAAGACCACAGAAGGAUCAACUGUGGAAGGUUUUCAAUUGUCACUCAAGAAAAGGCAUUGCACCUAGAUUCACCUCUCAGUUCUGAUACUGGACGCCACUUCUGUUCUGAUUCUGGCGCUGGACUGCAGAGCAACAAGUGUGAGGACUGCAGUGCUAGGACCCCUAAUCGCAGUAAAGAACCGCUUAAAGGAUUUCAUUAUAGAUACAACACCCCAGGACAGAAUUACGUAAAUCAUAGCGAAAGAGGUGCCUUUGUCCAGUACCCCUCUGUAGAUGAAAGUAAAAAUUCUUCACCUGCUUGUUCAAAACCAAAAUGGAUCUGUUCCCAGAGUGUGACUUCAAAAUCCUUCCAAGAUGAGUGUGAGCCCACACCAGGAAAAAAAAAUCUUAAGGCUUUCAUGACCUACAGCUCAGACCCUGCAACACCCUCACCCCAUUUCCACUCCUGCAAGAUUUCUGGAAGCAAAUCCUUACAUGACUUUGAUAACAUCGAAGACACAAAAUCUGAGAUUUUGAACUCAGCUUUGGAUCAUGCCCUAAGGACAGCAACCAUUUUGAAAGAAACUACUGAUCAAAUGAUUAAAACUAUUGCAGAAGAUCUUGCCAAAGCACGAAGAUGGAGGAAUCGACUGAAAUACUAG